AUGGAGCUGUUGAAGGCCAUCGGGUUUGCGGCGGCGGCGGCGCCGAGCGCGGAGAGGAGAUGGGUCUUUCCCCUCGUGGCAAGCUUCCUGAUAUGCGUCUUCCUCCUCACCUCCUUCAGCAUGGGCCUCAUGACCUCCCUCCACUCCGUCAACUCCUUCCUCUCCGUCUACCCUUCGACUUCCGAUCCUGACCAGACGGCGGCUGUGUUGGUGCCAACUAAUCUCGCCUCCCUAUCAGAGGACGACCUUCCCCGUUUGGCCUACCUGGUCUCUGGCUCGAAGGGAGAUCUCGACAGGCUAUGGAGGACUUUACGGGCCCUGUACCACCCCAGAAACCAGUACGUGAUCCAUCUGGACUUGGAGUCCCCCGCCAGCGAGAGGGAGGAGCUUGCGAGGCGCGUGGAGGAGGACCCGGUUUUCGUCACCGUGGGGAAUGUGGAGAUGAUCACCAAGGCCAACAUGGUGACCUACACAGGCCCUACCAUGAUCGCCAACAGCCUCCACGCCUGCGCAAUCCUUCUGAAGAGGAGGAAGAAGUGGGACUGGUUCAUCAACCUCAGCGCCGCCGAUUAUCCUCUCGUCACGCAGGACGGUGAGUCCGUUCCCUACCCAUCUGUUCCUCCUCCUCCUCGUUCUGCUCAUUCUCCGGCGAUGCUUGUUCAUGCAGAUAUCAUCCACGUGUUCUCGUCGGUGCCCAGGAAUCUGAACUUCGUGGAUCACACUAGCCGCCUAGGAUGGAAGGAGUGAGUUUUCUCCGGCAGAAACCGAGAAUCCUUCUGAUCUCGAAACGGCCCGUGAUUGAUAACACCGAUCGGUGGGAUGAAAUGUUGCAGGGCGAAGAGGGCCAAGCCGAUGAUAGUCGAUCCGGGCCUCUACAUGUCCCGUAAAUCCAGCGUCUUCUGGGUCAGCCAGAAGAGAGACCUGCCGACGGCGUUCAAGCUCUUCACCGGUGAGUUCUCCGAUCAAAAUCCCCCGCUGAUUCAAGCUCGAUCUUCUUCUUCUUCCUCGGGGACGCUCAAUCGGUCCCCCUUUGGGUUUUGAGAGCACAGGAUCGGCAUGGAUGGCGCUGUCGAGGGAGUUCGUGGACUUCUGCGUGGUGGGGUGGGACAAUCUCCCCAGGAUGCUCCUCAUGUACUACACCAACUUCGUCUCCUCCCCGGAGGGAUACUUCCACACGGUCAUCUGCAACGCGCCGGAGUUCGCCAAGACGGUGGUGAACAACGACCUGCACUACAUCGCAUGGGACACGCCGCCGAAGCAGCACCCCAGAAAUCUCACCGCCGGCGACAUCCCGCUGAUGGUCGCCGGCGGCGCCGCCUUCGCCCGCAAGUUCGGCCGGGUCGACGCCAACCUGGAUUGGAUCGACUCGGAACUACUCGGGCGCACCAACGGGAGCUUCGUCCCCGGUGGUUGGUGCGCCGGUAGCCCGCCCUGUUCGGAGGUUGGGAACGUGACGCAGCUGAACCCGGGCCCGGGGGCCGGCCGGCUGGACGCCCUCAUGGGGAGGAUCGUCCGUUCCCAAUGGUUCUCUCAGCACCAGUGCAAGUGA